CAACUGCGGUUGAAGAAGAGCGUGCGAAGCUGCUGCAACAGUUCAGAGCGCACUACGAAUGCGAGCAGAUCAAGGCCGGGCGAUCGGGCAAAUCCUAUCCAUCACAUCAGCCAGAUGCAGACGACAGUCAGGACAAAGCCCCGGAAGCCUGUCUGACAGACGCAAUCGAGGGGCUGCCAAGACAUGUUGCUGAAGGCAGGGAGGCAUCGGCGUCCCUUGAUGGCGUGCCACCUCCGCCUGAGCAAGACCGGACAAUGAGCCUCACCACACUCGAUGAGCCAGGCGAGGUUUCGGCUCAACCCACGAGCGCCAUUGAGCCUUUGCCGCUGCAGGGUGUUGCGGUGAGGACUGCUUGCUCAGACGCAGAGCAUAUCGACGGAGAUCAGCCUGUCCAAGGCGCAUCCAGUGUGUCAGCUGCGACUACGACCGAAUCGGCCGAGCUCCAUCCACUCAGCACAUUUGCCCAGGGAUUUUGGAAUGCGGUCGUCAAGGCACAAACGCCGCAGGUUCCGGAGAAACGGGUCCAUGCUGUCGAUCCGCCCGCCUCCCUGAUGCUUGGCCAGAGAGUUGGUGACAACGCCGGCACUCAUAUCGCCGAGCCACAAGCAAAGAGACACAGGAUCGGAAAGGAGCCAGGCAGCCAAGUGCCGGCAGGGGAGGUCAGGGGCAGCACUUCUCGGAUAGCAAGACGAUCCAGCGCUCGAGGGCUGGACGUGUCCGAUCUGAGUGUUUGCUUUUCCUUCAGCGAUGAUGGCUCUGAGAUUACCGAUCGAGGACAACCAGACGACGACUAUGUCGACGGAGUGGCUGCAAAGCUUGCAAAAGGCACCGCUCGACGACGCAAGCGGGACGCACCGACCGGCAGUAAGCCCCAACCAAAGCGAGGCAGCCGAGCCGUGCGACAGCUGAGCCACAAGGGUAUCUGAGAUCAAUCCUCCCGCCUCAUGACCCGAGCACCGGUGGACACUAUCGA